UCAGCAGAGGGGUAAAGGGCACUCGGCUUUGAGGUUAUGGAAGAACUUGGGCUCAUCUCCACACUGCUUACUCCUUCCCAUUAUGCCCCAGAGUAGGGGGCCUACAUGAAUUGGGCACCAGAGCGUGAGGGCCUUGUGACUUUGCUCCUCUAGUUCUAAAGGGUUUAACCCUGAACUUAGCUAUGUUUAUCACCUGUUGUAGACUUUAGGGACUUCAAUGGCUAGAGGGCCCUGAACUCUGAGUGCCUCAUAUUGCCUUUAUUCUCAGAUAUCCCCAGCCCUGUGCAUCAGGUGCUUCUGGUUGGAAUAGGGUCCUGUCAUCUAUUGAUUGGAGUCCCCUCACUCAUUUGGUGCUGGACUUUGGCAUUGAGUAAGCAUGAAGGGUAAAGGUUUGGGUAAUGUAAUGAUCUCGAUCCUCCUUACAACUGAUGGCUCUCCAUUCCUGUACUUCAAGCGCUUAGAUCCCUGUUGUCAGUAUGCCAGCCUCAUCCAGACAUUCCACAAACAUCUUGGGAAACAGACCUUUUUCAUAUAGCUUCCGUCCUCCCAUAUCCCACCACUACUCUCUUCCUCUCCUGCUACUAUUGUCUGGCUUCAGGCAAAGAAAGGGAUGGUGCUCCCUUGGGGUGGGUGAGGUCUGAGUGAGCCAGGCAGGCCUUCCUGACUCUUAACCACUUUCUUAGGCUUUGGGGGCAGAGGUUCUCCCACCCUGAUGCUAUGGGAGAGGGAAAGUAUUAGGCAUAGAUAAGGCUGACAGCCCCAAGUACCAGUGUGUCAUUUAUAUUCGGUUACCUUCCUGUUCGCUUUCCGAUUUUCCUUUUCAGCCCCUCUCCUAUUAUUAAAAUAAGCCAUCACCCUCAAGGACCAGUGCUUCUGUCCUUAUGAAACUCUUAAACUACAACCAGACAUCCCUUUAUCAACUCUGUGAACUUUGAACAUUACCCACUUACCCUUCAAAAUCAGAUGAAACUUUCUUCCUUCCAGGCUCCUCAAAAGUCCUGCUUGAUGAUUGAGGUUACUGAGAAGUUAGGAACUCCUUUCCCAAGUUCAUUUGUAUACUAAUAAAUAGAUACCAUCUAGAGCUACAGCCUCUCAUAAGAUACUGACCAUGGAGAGGACUUGAGCUGGUUGGCAGGCCAGUGGUGGUCUUUUGACCCCUGAACACAUUUGGGAAAGAGGAUGACCUAGUCCCUUCUGACCCUUAGCCCUCAGUUUAGAGGUGGAGGGAGCCCUCUUGUGGCAGUUGCUUAAACCUUCCAGCUUUUUUGGGGGUGGAAAGUGGAGGGAUGAGGGGGGAGACUUAACCUGGAAGUUGUAUGCUUAGCACCCAGCACUUGGGACAGACAGCAACCCCAUCUUCUCAGAACAUGAGUAACUCUUUAGUCAUGACUUGUUAGGGGGCCUGGGCCCAGGGUCCACUUCAGGGCUAUUUGGGCAAGGGAGCUUCCAAAAUGAGCCUGGAGAAAACCAGUGGAAGGCCUUGGAUUGGUCCAGGUGGGAUGGAGAACAAAACUGUCCCCUUCCUUCCAGAGUAUGGGGGCAGCCAUGGGGAGAAUGAGUGUGUGGGUAUGUAUGGAAUUCUCAGACUAGUGGUGUAAGGUCUAAAGGCCCUGGCACUCUGGGGGUUCGCUGCAUCACUUCCAGUUCAAGUGCCUAGAUUGGUCAGAGCAGAAAAUUGGCAGAUAUUUACUUAGUACUUUCUGUGUUUCCAGACCUGGUGCUAAGAAUGAAGUCAAACCCUGUACUGAGGGGGAGACCUGGGAAUCCAUUUCUGGAAUGCUCUGGAAUCCUUUGGGAUAUCCAUAGUGGGAUAGUGACAGUUGGGGAAUAGCUGUGUAGGGGCUCCCUUCCCUUUGCCGCCGCUUGGUGCAGAGAGUGGUGUCUUUGGGCAGGCAGUCGUAAUACUAAGAACAGCCUCUUUUCCAGUUCUCUACUUUCUAAUCUGGUAACUGGAGGGUGAUAGGAUCUAGAUACCUUCCUUCCUCUGCAGGUUUUUCAUUCUAAUUGAGUUUCCUGGCCCUGGUUGCUGUGAUGGGUAAGGAUGACCCUGAGUUCCUGAGCAAAGGGUUAGGUCUAAGGAAAUCCGAGCCUUGAGUAUGGUAAAGGGGACAGUGCCACUGAAAGCAGUGGUUGGAGGUCUGGAAGUGAGGAACUAGAAUUGGGACUGUUCACCAUCAAGGCUUGAAGGUGAGUGUCUGCUUUUGUGUCACUUUGGCCAUGGCCUGUAGAAGAGAAUAUCUGGGCUCUAGUUGAGCAAAUCUGGCUUCUGAACUGAACAUGGUGGAGUGGAAAGGAUACUCAAGGCUAUCUGUGCCCAGAGCUGAACAGUUCUACCCAUCCACCCUUCCUUCCAACACUCUUCCUCCAAACCAGGUGUUGAGAGCUGUCUCUUAGGAGGUCAGUGCAGGCCAGGGAGGAGGCUUGAGAAUGAACUUGUUCACCCAGCACCCGCCUCCUGCUCACCUCCACCUCCAUCCCAUACAUUGUUGGGAGUCAUUCUAGGACAGAAUUGAGUACAGGGUCUUUUAAGGGUGGGGGGCUUAGCUUGGGGCUGUGAACCACAGGGAUUUGGAUGCUAGCUUCUGAGUUCUGAUUAUAGGAAAGAGAGGUGCUUUCUUGGUUUUAGGUAAUAGGUGAUGGGGAAUCUCUGUUUUUGCUAAUACCAGAUCUUGCAUUAAUGGAAUGAUAUCUCCCUGGCUACAACAGCCAUGGCAGCGAGUAUGGGGGGAAUAGGGGGGGUCUGGGGGGGGCAGACACAUAACACUCAUUCUUGGAUGAAUGAGUGCAUAACCAUACCUGAAAAGAAAACAUAUAGUCAGCCAGGGUAUGCAUGCCCUUGAAAAUAUGGCAUUAGAUUUUGAACCCAGAUUUGCAUAUACCGACUUACAGGCUUUUUAUUAACAAUCUGUUAAAAAUAAACAUUCAAAACAUGAAAGAAGCUGUGCCCUGCUUACUACAUGUAUUGUGGCACAUAAUAGGCAGUCAUCCUUGAUGAAUGAAUAAACAUCGUUGUCCUUAACCAAGCUGGGCAUGGUGGGUGCCCCAUGAGUUUUGGAAGUCAGGAGCUGCCAUAGAGUAUCUUAUACUUGCCGACAGAGACACCUUUGAGGGUGGAAGCCUUUCCAGGAGUGGUCCUCUGAUUAAGUUAUGCUGCCAGUCAGGGUUGGGCCAGCUCCUCUACCUUUCCUAGAACCAUUUCACCUUUCUCUGUCCUUCAGGUACCUCCUAACUUGAUCCAAGGAGACAGCACCUUCCUCUCUGGUCCCUCCUGGGUCCAAGUGGGCUUGUGCUGCCCUCUGUGGGUGAUCUUCUUAUCUUAGUUUUGUUCUUUCCAUUCCUACUACCACCCUCUUCACUUCACCCUCACUUCCUCUUCCCUUCAGAUGCCCAGACAACCUCAGACCUGGACAGUGAUCUCCCACCUUCAUGACACCAUUCCAAUCAGCUGAUGCAUCAGUACAGUAUGUACUGUCACCCCAUCUCAGAAACCUCCCAUGAAUGCCUGCUGCCUCAGUCUGACAUUCAAGGCUCUCCACAACGAGCUCUUACCUCUACUCUCCUGGCUAAAUCCCUUACUUCAGUCAAACUGGUCGAUUCAUCUUCCCCCAAAUAUCUGGCCCUCUGUAUUUAUCCCCUUGCUCACUUUUUAGGAAAUACCACUUUUCUUUAAGAUACACAAAGCUGCCUAUGGCCUCUCUAGUCACAAGGACUCUCCCCACCCCCAAAUCUUAGCUCUGUUACCAUAACUCAUUCAUCACCUCUCACACAUUCUAUUGUAUUGCUUUACAGUCAUGUGUCGCUUAAUAGGCACUGGUGCCGCCUGUUGCUCCUAGGCUAAAAGCCUGUACAGCAUGUUAUUGUACAAAACAGCAUGAGAUUAAAUCAGACAGAAGAGAAAAUGAUGCCAUCAAGAGACGGGAUAAGCAGGAGACGUCUGAGGCUGCUGCUGGUGUAGCAUGGCAUACUGUUUCACAGCAAACUUUUUUUAUAAGUAGAACACACUCUAAAAUCAUGAUAAAAAGUCUAAUAUAGUAGAUACAUAAGCCAGUAACAGUCAUUUGUUAUCAAGUGUUAUGUACUGUACAUAAUUGUAUGUGCUGUGCUUUCAUACGCUGGUAGUGCAGUCAGUUUGUUUACACCGGCAUCCCCACAAGCGUGAGUAAUGUGUUGGGCUAUGACAUUAGGACAGCUGUGAUGUCUACGACGUCACUAGGCGAUAGGACAUUUUCAGCUCCAUUAUAAUUUUAUGGGACCGCUGUCGUAUAUGCAGUCUGUCGUUGACUGAAAUGUCAUGAUGUGGCACAGGACCGUAUAUCAUGUUCGUUUACUUAAUAUUUAAUUUUAAAGUUGUUUUUGUAACCAAGAUAAUUUUUAUUGUAAAAGAUUCAAACAACACAUACAUAUACAAAACAACAUGUGGAACCUGUUCUCUAUUCUCCCACCCUCAGCUAUUUGGUGUGUACCUUUCUAGUUCCUUUGCUAAAUACACUACACACAUUUGAGGAGAGAUUAAGAUAUUAAAGGGGCUCAUCACAUCUAUUCUUGCUUUUUUAAACUUAAGAAUAUAUACAUUUGUCUUAGAGAGUUUCCAUAUUAAUGUAGUUAGAUCUUCCUUUUUAAUGGUUUCUCAGUAUUUCAUGGUAUAUUUAUUCAAAAUAAAACAUUUGUCUAGAAGCUUAUAUGGAGGGUAUUGUGCAGCUAGUACCUGGGGGACUCUGGACAUGAUCACAACCUUGUCCUUGCCAGCAGUGAGCUGGCUCUUUUGAGGAGAUGGGGAGGGAAGACUGGGGCAUACACAAAUAACUGCAACACAAGGAAAAAUACAACAGUGUCCCCAAGUGUAUGCCUGAAGUUCAGAAAUAAGGGAAGUCACUUCUAGCUCAGAGAAUCCCCUAGAGGGAGCUUGAUGGGUGAAAGAAGAGCCUGAGCCUCGGCACAGAGAUGAAAACACUUGAUACAGGUUUAUCUGAUGCCACACCACAGUCCAUAAGCAGGAAAGGGAUUUGGUUGAAUUCAUAAACAUUUAUUGACCAUCUAUGUAUCGGAUACUGUACUAGAUACUGAGAAUAGAGAAAUGAGAAAGAUGAGAUACCUGUCUUUUAAGGGCUUUCAGUUGAAGGAAAUAAAAGCCAACUUUGGAAAGACAGAUUAGGACCAGAGGAUGCACGCUUUCAGUUGGCAUGUUGGGGAGUCUGAAGUCCAUUCAUUGGGCCAUGUGGAGCCAGGGCAGGCUUUUUAGUGGGCAGGUGAUGUGACUGAAGUUGAGCAGAUGCAGCAGUGUACAGAAUGGGCUAGAGUAGGGAGAGGCUGGGGAUGAGGAGUUUGCUAACUUUCCUUUUUUUAAAAAAACAAGAUAGAAGUUAGCAGGUGUCUAAUGGUAGGCAGUCCAGGACUGGCAUGGUGGUUCGAAAAUUAUCAGGGACAUAAGCUUUUAUCUUCUCACUUCAAGAUCCUGGCACACAGCUUCCAUCUUCAUGGUCACCUCACCGUCCAAUGUGGCUGCGAGAGCAUAAUUCAUCUCAUCAACAUUCCAGGCAGCAGAAAGAAGGAAGGGAAGGAGAUUGGGAGAAGGGGGAGGAGCACAUAAUGACACACUUCUUAGCUAAGUUAACUUCCUUUAAGGAGCUUUUCUGGAAGUCCAGGACAGUAUUUCCAACACUUAUUGGCCAGAACUUAGUCACAUAGCCUUAUCCAGUUUAAGGGAGACUUGGAAGUGUAGUUUUGUUUGUGUUUGUUUUUUAAAGUUUUUCCCUUUUUAAAAAAAAUGAGGUAUCAUCUGCAUGCAGUGAAAUGCAAAGAUCUUAAACACACAGUUUGAUAAGUUCUGACAAAUGCAUAUACCCAUGUAAUCCACAUCCCCUUCAAGAUAUUGAGCAUUUCAUCACCCCCAGAAAUUCCCUCCAUCUGAGGUGCUUUGUUUUUUUGUUUGUUUUGGUUUGGUUUGGUUUCUUUUUGUAACAACCUAAAGGAGAUGGCUUAAUUAGGGUGGCAGCCUUGGGAAUGGAAAGAGCUGGAGAGGCUGUGGUGGAGGAAGAAUCCAAAGGAGACUGGAUAUGGAAGAUGAGAGAAGAAAUCAGAAUGCAGAUGGCAGAGCCACUAAUAGAAACUGGAAGUUGGGAAUGAAGUCUAGAUUGUUGCAGAUAAGAUAGAAGAAGAAAAAGGGAUGAGUACUCUAUUGGGUGUGUUGAUCUGAGGUGCUGAUAAACAUCCAGGUGGAGAUACCCAGUAGGCAGUUCUGUCUAAAGCCUGAGAGGGCAGUCAGAGCUCAGUGGCAUCAAAUACCAGACAGAUGCUAAAAGAGGGCAGGGGACCAAGAAAUGACCCAGGAAUUUGGUGACUGGGAGCUCACUGAUGACUUUUGAGGGAGCAGAAUCCAGAUGCCAAGGUCUGAGCGGGCAGUGAGGGUUAAAAUCUUGCAGAACAGGAACCGGUAGUCACCUGAAAUAAUUUUAAAUCCUUUUUAAAAACUGAAGUCCUUGUAAAAACAUAAUGGGGUUGUAUGUAGCUGCCCUUUAGAGAAGUUUUUGAUGUAAGGAGAAAGGAAACGGUAGUGUCAGGGAAAGAUCAGGGAUUGACGCCCUCCUUACCGGGAAAUAGCCCUUUGCUCUUUUCAACCAGCUUUCUAAAGGACAGCUCCCUGCCUCCUUUUGGAUAUAUGAUCUCCAGAAAUUCAAGCUGAAGGGGUGGAGAUGGGAGAGGGAUGCUGCCUUUGACAACUGCUGAGGUGGGAUGGGUCAGCCAGACACUGCUAGGAUAGGUGUGAGGAGACGCGUAUAUUUCAGGCAAGAGCAGAGAGCAAACACGUGGGAUUCUGGCAGUCUUGGGUUUGAAUCCUGACCCUGUCACCACCUAACUAGAUGACCUUGGGCAAGUUACUUACCCUGAACACCCAGUUCGUCAUCUGUAAAAUGGAAACAAUUAUGCCUACCUUUCAGGGUGGUUUUGAGGAUUACAGAAAAGUGCCUGUCACGCAGGAGAUGGUCAUAAAUGGGUGCUAUUAUGUGACCUAGCCCCUCGCUAUGGGACAGAAUGGCUAAGGGAGGGACUGACGAGUCAGAAUCCACGACCUCCCUAUCUGAGAGGGUAGGGGGGGCUCCCCGCAGCCUCCUCCCUCCAGGAGGUGGGGACAAGGUGGAGGAAGGGCUGCAGGAGGAGGAGCUGGUGCGUCGCGACCCGCCCCCGUCCAGUCUGGCCUAGGCACCGUGGGAUCUGCUGUCCUAGCCACCGCUACCCGCGCAGCCUGUCCUGGUCCCUCACGCCCUGCCCCGUGUCCAGUCAUGACCCUGCUCCCGUCACUACUCCCGCUCUGUCUGCUGCCGCUGCUGCUGCUCAGCGGCGUGGUGUGCCAGGCUGAGACUGGGUUCGAAACCGAAAGUCCUGUCCGGACCCUCCAAGUGGAGACCCUGGUGGAGCCCCCCGAACCGUGUGCGGAGCCCGCUGCCUUUGGAGACACGCUUCACAUACACUACACGGGCAGCUUGGUAGAUGGACGCGUUAUUGACACUUCCCUGACCAGAGACCCUCUGGUUAUAGAACUUGGCCAAAAGCAGGUGAUCCCAGGUCUGGAGCAGAGCCUUCUAGACAUGUGUGUGGGAGAGAAGCGAAGGGCAAUUAUUCCUUCCCACUUGGCCUAUGGAAAACGGGGCUUUCCACCAUCUAUCCCAGCGGAUGCAGUGCUGCAGUUCGACGUGGAGCUGAUUGCACUGAUCCGAGCUAACUACUGGCAAAAGCUGGUGAAGAGCAUUUUGCCUCUGGUAGGCAUGGCCAUGGUGCCAGCCCUUCUGAGCCUCAUUGGGUAUCACCUAUACAAAAAGGCCAACAGACCUAAGGUCUCCAAAAAGAAGCUCAAAGAAGAGAAACGAAACAAGAGCAAAAAGAAGUAAUAAAUAAUAAUAAUUAA